GUUACCCUCUGGUUACACGCUUCCGUCCUGACGUCAAUACAUCGGUUCUUCCGCUGCCGGUAGAGAGAACGUGAGCUGCCAAGAAGAAGAAGAAGAAGAAGAAGAAGAAGAAGCAGCAGAAGUAGCUGUAACAUCGAAACAAUUACAGAUAACGUCAGACAUCUUUAUGACACAGAGUUACAGACGAGAAAAAUAACAAAAUAAUCGUGUUCAAGAUCUGAGAAAGCCGACACACUCCCCGGUGACCGACAAUGGCUGUGAACGUGUACUCGACAUCAGUGACCAGUGACAACUUAAGUCGUCAUGACAUGUUGGUCUGGAUCAAUGAAUCUCUACAGAUGAACCUCACCAAGAUAGAAAUGUUGUGUUCAGGUGCUGCGUAUUGCCAGUUCAUGGACAUGCUGUUCCCCAACUCUUUACCUCUGAAGAAAGUAAAAUUUGGUGCCAAGCUGGAGCAUGAAUACAUCCACAACUAUAAGCUUCUGCAGGUUUCCUUCAAAAAGAUGGGAGUCGACAAAAUCAUUCCAGUAGACAAACUGGUGAAGGGGAAGUUUCAGGACAACUUUGAGUUUGUCCAGUGGUUUAAGAAGUUCUUUGACGCAAACUACGAUGGGAAAGACUACGACCCAGUUGAGGCGAGGCAGGGCCAGGAUGCCAUGCCCAUACCCAACACUGCCAUGUCAGCUCUCACCAAAACCCCGAAAAAGACCCUCAGUCAAGCUCCUCAGAGACCACCUGUUGCCAAGGUAGCGCCCAAGUUGGCUAAUGUCAGUGCAAGGAAGCCAGGGAUGGGAGGACGUGACGAGGAGAGGGUGGAGCUCAUGAAUGAGGUGGAAAUCCUGAAAUCUACCAUUCAGGACAUGGAGAAGGAGAGAGACUUUUAUUUCGGUAAGCUGCGGAACAUUGAGCUGAUUUGCCAGGAGAAGGAAGGAGAGGGCGACCCCACGCUGCAGAAAAUCAUCGACAUCCUCUACGCCACCGACGAGGGUUUUGUGAUACCAGAUGCUGAAGAGCAGGAGGAGUUUUAAUCAAAACUACAAGCAACUUUUCACUUGGAUGGUCUGGUAUACAAACCCACCUCGAGAUCUUAUUCAAGCUAAGACAGCCAGUUUGGUUUUAUAUCCAGUACCAAGCCUGAUCUCGACUUGUGCCCCCCCCCCACCCCAAACAUCUCUUGAACCUGCCGGACUUCUUCUUCUAGCCUUCAGCUGCCGUACAUUUUGGCUCCAUUUUGGAUCCUUUACCAACAAAGCCUCGGUCCCGGCCUCUUCUUCCUUAAACCUGUCAGUCUGCGGAGUAUUCAAGCUCCCACCCCUCACCUGUAAUCCCAUCCUUCCCAAAACCAGAUUGUGCAGUACAUAUCUGGUUUUUGUAAUGGACUUGAGUGUGAAAUGAUGUUCUCUGUGUGUGUGCGCGUGUGAGUGUGUAUAUGUGUGUGGUUGUAUGUGUUUAACAAUUUAUUUGAAAGUACCUCCUCUGAAGGACCCGGCUGUCAGAACACCAAUCACUUUGUCCCAAACUAACCCAGAUUGUUUGUUUUUUGAUGGCACUGCAGCCAUUUGUGCCUCUCCUGUUGACACUGAAUUGUAUUCAUUUGGAGGAUGAUGCUUGCACAGAAGUGAGGAAAAUAUAAAAAGGAAUACACACACAUUUCUAUCUAAAACAAGGUUUGCAUAAUUCUGAACCAAAUCUGAGGAAUAUUUUGUAUUUUUGCUCGCUGGUUCCAAUUUUAGUCAUACUAACAUAGUUGUGUGUUUUGAAAUGGUGAAAAAAAUUAAACUUCAUCGAGCCUGCAGGCUUUCAGAAAACAUAAUUUGUCAGUUUGAUGGAGCCAAUACGGUACUAAGCGAAAUUAAAUGAGGAAAAGGCAACUUGUGGACUGCACAUGUCGACACUGAAGGGCUCAGGGUUUAGUGUGGGACAAGGCAGCAGUCGGGUCUUCUCUUGGCCUUGUUUUUUUUCCACUAAGAAUACAUCCUGAUUUUGUCCCGUUGGCCUUCAGAAGAGCUUUUGUAAGUGUUUGCUACUGUUUUAUCACCGUUAUAUCCAUUUCUUUUUUCCCCUUAUUUUUGGUCUUGUUUUCUCUGUAUGUUCUGAAAAUUAUUUUGGGCACCUGUCACUCAUGAUCUCAACUUUAUGAAUUUUUUUUCCCACGCUCACUAAACCAUCACUCUGUUGGAAACAUUUGAUUUGUAGCGGACAUAGAGAAGUGUUGCUGUUCUGUAGCAGAUCCGCAUGCCUCGACUCGGUGUUCACGUUUCAGGCUUCUAACUCCAGGAAAGUGUCUUUGUGUGGACCCAAGAUGGCAGUCUUUUGAUCAACAUUUAGUAAAAAGUACAACAAAGAUUAACAGCAAUUGUUUUGACUUUUCUUUUUAAUUUUUUUUUUAAGAAUCUGUUUUGUAAGUCCAUGCACUGUUUUUCGUUUUUCUUUUAUAUACCAGUGGUCCUUAAUUGAGCUCCAGCCAAUCAGAAUAAUUCCUGAUCUAGAGCAGCCACAUUACAAACACUGUGAGCUCUGACUUUGUGUGAGUGUGUGUGUGUGUGAGAGAGAGAGAGAGAAAAAAAGAGUGUGUGAGAGUGAGAGCCGACCAUCAUCUGAUCUUGGCCCCUCUGAGCUGUUAAAGUGGCUCAUUUGCUUCUUACAGGCUCUGACUGGGCGGUGAUAAAUCUUCUACUCUGAUUACUAAUUUUGGAUUUCGUGUUUUCCAAAGUGGUAGAAGAAAAUGAGCGGUCAAUGAGUUGCCACAUUGAAAGUAUAUUCCUUUCUGAGAAAGCAACACAGGUGUCCGUUUCCUCUUUCUGUCCCAAUUCAACUCCCUGAAUGACCAAAUUUAGCACUAAUAUUGUGAAUCUGAUUUGAGACCAGUUUUUCCCCCACUGUAUAUUUGCACCUAACUUGAAACAACACAGCAAUGUUGAUUCCACACAAACUGUUGACAGCAAAGGUGUUAUUGGAAUACACAACUUUAUCAAUGGCCUUAUUCACAGAGAUGUUUCUUUUCAUAAAACAUUUUUCAUAACUUUUAUUAUAAUUUGACAAUGUAAGUGCUGUUUUGGGCAAAUGUUUGUAAUGUUAGUCAUAUUUUAUUGUGUUUUAAAAAAUAAACAACAUUGGAGGUAUUUUGGACAACACCUGAGAUGUCAGGGUGCAGCAGAUCGCUCGUCUUCCAUCGAAUGCCCAUCAAGCAAAAUAUAUAUCUAAUUUUGAGGUGAAAAAAAUAGGUCACCCUAGUGAUAUAAAUGUAUCACAGCUGCAGACUAAAUAUAUUCUGCAAAAAGAAAUCAAAGAUCAAUCCGGUGCGGCGUUUAGCGUUUUCCUCUCCAUCAGGGACUCAGACGUGUGGUUAUUUAGUGUUUCAGUGUUUCAGCGGCAUGAUUCAACACGCGCUGCCAGGGUUGAAUGUUGCACACAAUCGGGGUGCCUGAAGUUUUUUGUGUUUUCUGGUAAUUGCCUUCAGUAAGAACACAUCUAAAAGAAAAUCAAGACAUUGACCGUUAAAAAUAAUUUUGUAUGCUUUUUACUUGACACACUGAAGAAUUAUCUUGUUGUUGAGCCUUAAAUUACGGUGAUGUGCAAGUGCAGUAACUUAUUUGUUGUCUCUGCACAGCACAAAGGGGUUCAAAGGUCUACGGGAGUUUCAGCUUUAAUCUGAGAGGUUUUUCAUUCUUUACACACUGUCGGACAACUGGCCUGUGAGGACAAUGAUCAGGUUUUGUUCACACCUCAUCAGCCAUAUGGUUCAAUUGAUAAAGGCAAACAAAGCCACUAAAUAAGAUGGAACUGAAUCUGUCUGAAGUUUGAGCCCUGAUGCACAUUAAUGUGUCUGUUGAUGCCUGAGGGACGUCAGUGUCUUAAGGCUGGAUUUGUGCCCAUUUUAAAUAUGAUUGUAUGAUGACACAUUUUGGUCACCUUAAACUGGAGUUCUGGGAAUUAAAGAAACUCCCUUUCCUCUGCUGUUCAUCUUCUGAACGUGGAAGUAACCCCGCAAUAUAUUUAAGCUGAAAUGGAGUGAGUCUUUAAUGUCAAAUCUAAUGUGCUGAAGUACAGAGACAACCCAACAAAAAUUGCUACUUCGGACAAUGUGAAGCGUUUCUCAAAACGCUUCUUGCUGUCUGGAUCUAUUGGCAUAAUUAAAGCUUGUGAAAAGAAAAUGUACUGUAUCUUAAAAAUGACAAUUGGGGUUUUUAGGUCUUUAAAUGAGUAGUGUUUCCUGCAACUAAUGAACAUUGUCAUUGUCAAUUAAUUUGCUGAAUUUCUCAAUGAAUUGAUCGUUUCAUCUAUUUUCAGUAGAAUUAAGUUUGAGGAAGUAGUGAAAAUAAUUCUUCCAUCUUAGAAACUCUGUAUAUGGUAUGCUGGUAGUAAAACCCCUUCAUGUUUGUUGGGUAAGUUAAAGCCAAGACCAAACGCAGCCCACCGAGGACAUUAACAUUCCCCUCUCUGUGCACGGGGAGCGCUCUCAAUGCAGGAAGAGCAGUUCUGACAAGUGUGUGUUGUCGAGCCUUAGAGAAAAAGUGCUUUUUGUUAUGCAAAGUCAAAAGGGGGAUGUCCUCCUUUACAUCGUGGCCUCUGUGCUGAACCCAGUGCCAAUGUUCCCUCCUCCCUCCUCCCACAGUCUGUGUUUAAUACAACUGUCAUCACUUCAAUCACCUGUCGGGAGGGAUUUGUAACGAGGUCUUUCAUUAUGUCAGAGGUGUUUGUCAAAUGUCUGGUUUUCCUGAUGAGUCAUUGGAAGCAGUUGUGUGUUGACUCCUGUUUAGUCAUGGUAGUAAAGUCAUGGUAGUAAAAGCUGUUAUUUUCAGUGAGUUGGUUUGAUAUCAAACUUUGGUACAAAAAGAUUCCUUGGAUGUUUUUAGUCACACGCCCCAAAGAGUUCCCGCUCAGCAGGUUUUGGCCCCUCUGGGGAUCCAGAACUAUCGUCUCCCAAGUAAUCGUGGCUGGUUUAAAUCAACAUGUUUCCUUUGCUGAAGGUGGGGGGAAGGGGGUGCUUGUGUGACCUCUAACCUUUUCCCGAUCAACAAUCGUAUACAGUGUACACUGUGAGUCUCUCGCCUCUGUCUUCUGUUUCUGUUGGACUUUAAUGUGUUUGUUAUACUCCGGAAAACCCGAUUUUCUUCUAUCAAGUUUGGUACAGACAAUAAAAACAGUAUUUCCACGUCAA